GGUCAUAUAAAAGGCCGCUGCUGCCAAACGUCGGACACUGUCAGAAUAGACCUCCAGUGAGAACAUCAAAAGAAUCUUACGAGAGUCUUGCAUUCUUCUUCAGCAUAAUUCUUACCUACACAUUACUUGUUGCGCGAGCCGUCAGAAUCAACACAAUGACGACCCUUCCAGUCUUCGGUAAAUUCACAAACGGCGAGGAAGUUGCGGCCACGUUUGGCGAUCGCAUUCAAGGAAAGAAUGUGCUGGUGACCGGUGGAAGCUCAAAGGGCCUUGGUGCUGCCACUGCUAGAAUUCUAGCCGCUCACAAGCCCGCGACCUUGAUCGUAACUUAUCGAUCGAAGGCCAAAGUUGAAGAUGUCCUCUCUGAGUUGCAGUCCAUCUCACCCGAGACCAAAGUCAUCGGUCUAGCUCUGGACUUGGGCGAUCUCGAGUCAGUCCGCGCGGCGGCCAACGAGCUGAACCAGUCCAUCACGCACUUGGACAUCCUCAUCAACAACGCUGGUGUUAUGUCCGUCCAGGACCGCGAGCUGACCAAGUUCGGCAUUGAGAUGCAAUUUGGAACGAAUCACGUUGGACAUUUCCUUUUCACUAACCUGAUCCUCCCCAAGGUGCUGGCCGCCGCGGAGAAGAAUCCCCCCGAGGCUACGAGGAUCAUCAAUAUUACGGGAGGCUGGCAUCAAUUCAGUCCGAUCCGAUUCGACGACUACAACUGGGAGGGAAAGCCUAUCCCAACAGACCAGGAGCCUAACAAGGCCGUGCUUGCUCACUUCGGGGCCAAGUCUGAGGGAGACUAUCUUCCUGAGGCGGCCUAUGCUCAGUCCAAAACAGCCAACAUUCUCUUCUCGGUGGCUUUGAACACUCGGUUGAAUAGCCGGGGCAUUGUUUCUUAUGCCGUUAACCCAGGAGGUAUCCUGACUGAGAUUGGUCGCCAUAUUCCCUUGGAGAAGGCUCAGAAAAUCAUUGAAUCCGGCUUGUUGGACAAAACCCCCGAGCAGGGAGUGGCCGGAGCCAUUGUGGCUGCGUUGGAUCCGAGGGUCACUUUAAGCAACCCUGUUUACCUGGAUGAUUGCCAGCAGAUUCCUCCUUCAGGAUAUGCUAGUGACCCGGAGCUGGCCGAGAAACUUUGGAAGCUGACUGAGGACAUUGUCGGACAACAGUUUACCGUGUAAUAUAAUUCCAUGGGGGCCAUAUUCGAUGGUAAGCAGAUAGUUGCAUGUUGAAUGGACGUUUAGUAUAUCACGAAGUCAAAAUAUAGUACCAUUUAUUGUUUACCGGGAGAUAUUGAGAUUUACAGUACUGGUAUUCAAAUCGUAUGAAAACUUUACUGUACCAGACGGUAUCUUUGUAGAUGACAAAUCGUAUUGAUUACUCAUCCCCAACGGCUGCGGCCCGCUAGACCCAUCUUGGC